GAACUACUGUUACUAAUCAAACGUCGAAACCUCCAAAGAAGAAGCUUUAAAAAUGAGGUUCGGCAAGCAACCAAACAGAGCCAUUAGUUUCCCUCGUUGUUCUGCUUUAAUGGCUCCUUCUAUUUCUUCUCUUUUCUUUUCCCACCACACCUUCCCUUCUUCUUCUCCUUCGACUACAAACCAUCGGUUCACCCGUGGGUGCACCCUUUCUCCACGGCCCCAAACUUUUGCUUUCUUCACAAACUCCUCUAAGAACAACAAUAACAUCACAACUCCUCCUUCACAAGAAAGACCUUCUUCUUCUUCUUCAGAAAAGAAGUCUCUUGCCGUGGCAACAGGGGAGCUUUUUUUGGGAAUAGCAUCAAGGUUAAUAAAAAGCAGUUCUGAGAAAAGCUUUUAUGAAAAUUCAGGGACAAGUAUCCCAGUUUUUGACAGACCCAGAAAGAGAAUAAAUGGGAAUGAGCUUGGAAGUAGUGAAAGCAAUGAUAAGGAGAGAAUUGGGGUAGUGAUGGAAGAUGAGAUAGAGCCAGAGGUGAUAUGGGAACAAAGAGUUAAGGAUAUUGAAGCUGAGAAAGAAAGAAGAGUGGUUACAAGUCCUGGGUUUAGCUUUUCUGCUGCUGGCCUUUUGUUUCCUUAUCAUCUUGGUGUUGCUCAGUUUCUCAUUGAAAAGGGUUACAUAAAGGAAACUACUCCAUUGGCUGGUUCAUCUGCAGGUGCCAUAGUAUGUGCAGUGAUCGCUUCUGGAGCUAGCAUGCAUGAGGCCCUAAAAGCUACUAAAAUCCUAGCUGAUGAUUGCCGGCUAAAAGGGACUGCAUUUCGUCUUGGGGCUGUUCUCCGAGAUGUUCUUGACAAGUUUCUGCCUCAUGAUGUUCAUACUAGGUCCAAUGGGAGAGUUCGUGUUGCCGUAACUCAGAUUCUUUGGAGGCCUAGGGGUUUACUGGUGGAUCAAUUUGACUCCAAGGAAGAUCUCAUCAAUGCAGUCAUUACAUCUUCCUUCAUUCCAGGGUAUCUUGCUCCUAGACCAGCAACAAUGUUUCGGAAUCGUCUGUGCAUUGAUGGGGGUUUGACAUUAUUUAUGCCCCCAACAUCUGCUGCUAAGACGGUCCGCGUUUGUGCUUUUCCAGCCAGUCGUUUGGGAUUGCAAGGAAUUGGGAUUAGUCCAGACUGCAAUCCUGAGAAUAGGGCCACCGGAAGAGAGGUAAUUAGGGCCACCGGAAGAGAGCUUUUCAAUUGGGCACUGGAGCCAGCAGAUGAUAAUAUUCUUGAUUGGCUCUUUGAGCUUGGAUAUCUAGAUGCAGCUGUGUGGGGAGAGCAGAACCCUGUUGAGGAAAUUGUUACUGAUGACGGUGUCGUUGAGAAUGGUUCUGCAAAGUAAACACUUGCCAGGUCAUUUGUGUGAAUAGGAUUUUAGGAUUAUUCUCAGCCCUCGAGGUUUUUUUUCUCACAUCGACCAGCCGAGGAGGGCAAUUGAAUUUUAUUUGGAUCGAUAUGGCUUGGCUAAAAAUAUAGUUAUAUUAGCUACUAGUAUCCUAAUUCAUAUGGUAUAAAAUUGUUAAACUAUUGUAAGACAUCAUAGGCACAGCAAGUGACAAAGAAAAAGAUCUUAAAAUGUAAAAUUUACUUUGUCAGUUAAUGUCAAAAUUCAUUCUUCCUCUUGGUGAUC